CAGCUCAGACUACCCCCUGGACGAGAAGAGAGAGGGAGAUCGCUCUAUUUUGGGAGACAUGGGCAGUCGUUGCGAUCUGGACAUGGGGCACAAAACAAGGAAAGUCGCCGCUCCCAUGGCUCCGAAGACCCUGCCGCUAUCCUUCCUUAUCAGCCUGUUGGUUUGCCUGUGCGCUACUAGUCGAGCUGAGGAUAGCGGCAUGGACAACAUUGUUACCGAGAAGAAGGCUGAGGAAAGCCACCGUCAGGACAGUGCCAACCUGCUAAUAUUCAUAAUGCUCCUCACACUUACCAUUCUGACUAUAUGGCUGUUUAAACACCGCCGGUUCAGGUUUUUACACGAAACGGGAUUGGCCAUGAUUUACGGCCUCUUGGUGGGUGUGGUCCUGCGCUACGGCAUCCAUGUGCCCAGGGACAUCAAUAACGUCACGCUGAGCUGCCAAGUCAAUGCCAGCCCGGCCACCCUUCUAGUCAAUGUCAGUGGCAAGUUCUACGAAUAUACUCUGAAGGGUGAGAUCAGCGCCAAUGAGGUCAAUGAGGUGCAGGACAACGAGAUGCUCCGCAAGGUGACCUUUGACCCUGAAGUGUUCUUUAAUAUUUUGCUGCCGCCUAUCAUCUUUCACGCGGGCUACAGCCUGAAGAGGAGACACUUCUUCAGGAACCUGGGCUCCAUCCUUGCCUAUGCCUUUGUGGGGACGGUCAUAUCGUGUUUCGUCAUUGGGCUGGUGAUGUAUGGCUGUGUGAUGCUGAUGAAGCAGGUGGGCCAGCUGGGCGGAGACUUCUUCUUUACUGACUGCCUGUUCUUUGGAGCGAUUGUCUCAGCCACAGAUCCAGUAACGGUGUUGGCCAUAUUUAACGAGCUGCGGGUGGACGUCGAUCUUUACGCUCUGCUGUUUGGGGAGAGCGUGCUCAAUGAUGCCGUGGCUAUCGUCUUGUCCUCGUCCAUUGUGGCGUAUCAGCCAGAAGGGGACAACAGUCACACCUUUGAGGCGACGGCCAUGCUGAAAUCUUUCGGCGUGUUCCUGGGCGUGUUCAGCGGCUCUUUCGCCCUGGGGGUAGCGACCGGCAUCAUGACUGCCUUGGUCACCAAGUUCACCAAGCUGCGGGACUUCCCCCUGCUGGAGACGGCGCUCUUCUUCCUCAUGUCCUGGAGCACCUUCCUGCUGGCUGAGGCUUGUGGAUUCACAGGGGUGGUCGCUGUGCUGUUCUGUGGGAUCACCCAGGCUCACUACACCUACAACAACCUGUCUCCAGAGUCCCAGGACAGGACGAAACAGUUAUUCGAGCUGCUGAAUUUCCUGGCGGAGAACUUCAUCUUCUCCUACAUGGGCCUGACGCUGUUCUCUUUCCAGUACCACGUCUUCAACCCCAUGUUCAUCAUCGGAGCCUUUCUGGCCGUGUUCCUGGGAAGAGCAGCUAAUAUCUACCCCCUGUCCCUCCUGCUCAACCUGGGCCGCAGGCACAAGAUCGGCUCCAACUUCCAGCAUGUGAUGAUGUUUGCAGGGCUCCGAGGGGCCAUGACCUUUGCCCUGUCCAUCCGGGACACGGCCACGUACGCCCGGCAGAUGAUGUUCUCCACCACGCUGCUCAUCGUCUUCUUCACCGUGUGGGUGUGCGGCGGGGGCACCACGCAGAUGCUGUCCUGCAUGCGCAUCCGUGUGGGAGUGGAUUCAGACCAAGAGAAUUCGGUGACUGUUCUGGAUGGAGCAGAGCGAAGGAGCAACAAACAUGAGAGCGCCUGGCCUUUCAGACUGUGGUACACCUUUGAUCACAAUUAUCUGAAGCCCAUUCUGACACACAGCGGUCCUCCCCUGACUGCCACCCUUCCGGCAUGUUGUGGCCCAUUGGCCCGGUGUCUCACCAGCCCUCAGGCCUAUGAGAACGAAGGGCAGCUGCAGGACGACGACUCCGACCUCAUCCUGAACGACGGCGACAUCAGCCUGACGUACGGCGACGUGACGGUGAGCACGGACGCCUCGGGCGUCCGCACCAACACUAGGCCCCGCGUCGGCCCCUCCGCCAUGACCUCCGACGAAGCCCUGGACCGGGAGCUGGCAUUCGGGGAGCACGAGCCCGUGAUCCGGGGCACCCGGCUGGUCCUGCCCAUGGACGACUCCGAGCCUCCCUUGCCCCUCCCUCCGCCCCCGUCAGGCCUGGCCUCGCACCGCCACCGAGAGUGAGCCCCCGUCGCCCGGCGAGCUGGCCUGGGAGAGCAAAGCAAGAGACUUUGAUUUACGUUCUGUUACUUGUCCUCCAUCCUUUCUCGAUCAAUCUUUCCGAAAUUCUGUCUUUUUUUUUUUUAACGACUUCCGUUUUUUGUCAUACUUUUUCCACCUGUCUACCUCACUUUUUCCUUCCUCUGUGGCCAUCUCUUUGUGUAAUAUUUAUUUAUUUAUUUAUUUCUCUAGUAGAAAUAUUGUUCUGACACUCGGCUGUAGUCCUGUCUGUGUGGCUACAGCCUGUCUGUAUUCCUACAGUAACAUCGGAACAUUGGCAGAAGUAUCUAUAAACAUGCAUGCAUGUCUCAAAAAAAAAUAACAAAAGCAGCAAGAAGUGUGUUUGAUAGUUUCUAAUAGCAUAGCAAAGUGUAAAAUAACUGCUUUUUGUUCCCAAACAUGGUAUGCAUGGUCAAUUGGGCUUCUUUCUCUGUGGUAAACUGAGAAGGAUUUGGUUUCAAGGCUUAAUCUUAGCCUUCCCUACCCUUGUCAUUUCUUCCUUUCACUUGUACAUGUUGCUACUAAUCUGUCAGUUUGCCUUCUGUGAUAGAGUCACUAGAGGCCGGGUGUCCCUGUGGCUCUGUGUGUGUCUGUACGGUUAUGAUCAAGUGCCUGAUGAGCAGGGACUCCGUCUGAGGGAAAAAAAAAAAAGUGCACUCCUUUUGCGCCCCAGGCAGUAACCGUAUGUAUAUGUGUUAAAGUUCCUGUGCAGUCAAAAUGAUCACAUAACUUAUUCUUUCAAAUUAAAGUAGUAAAUUUGUUUUAAAAAGACACUCUCAGUUUCACAAAACUUAAGUGUGUGAAACAUCACGUAAGCAACUUGAAAACCAUGAUCUCUGUCUCUUUAGCCCAGGCUAAAAGGCAUAAUAUAUGAUGUAACUGAUGAUGAAUGUCAGCCAAUGGCACCCAUUAGGUAGAAGCAGAGUUUGGGUUUCUCUGACGGGUGUUAAUGUGGUAAUGAGGAUGCUAGGUACAGCUAUAGAGGCUGUCUCAUUUAUGUGUUGCAGGGCUUUUAGAAGCACUCUCCAUAUAGAUGUUGACCAGCCUGUUUGUCAACAGAUACAGGAUGAAUGAUAACUAGAAUUGUUAUUUUACUUAAUAGUAGAAGUUUUAAAGAAAAAACUGCACAGGGUCUUUAAAGGAGUCUCUUUGGGGGAGUUGUAGAUAAAAUGUUGUGUUAAACUUC